AUGCAUUCGCUCAUUUUACACUUCGUGCUUCCCACUCUCCUUACGGUCAUGCCAAGCCGCGCCUCCCAACUCUUCGCUGCCGAUUCUAGAGGAAACGUCAGCACACUUUCACUCACAGAGAACGGGAACACGUCGAGCCUGACUGUUACCUCUGUUACGGCAGAUUGCGGACCCAACCCAGCGAGUUUGAAUCUUGAUUAUCAGAACCGCAUCUUGUACUGUCUGGAUCGCGGACGGGCCCCUGGUACCGAAGGCUCGCUGAACAGCUUGCGCAUCGCGGCUGAUGGGUCGUUGAGUCGAAUUGCGCGGUCAAGCGCACCAUUUUCGGGCGUCGCUGCUGAAUUUUUCAACGACGAGGAAACGGGAGUUCGAGGCUAUGUUUCUACUUCCUAUAACAGAAGCGCCGUCGGCGUAUAUCGCCUCCCUGACGACAAUGGCGGUCUUUCUGAGCCAGCUCAAAUUAUCUUUCCUAAUACGACUGCCAUGGGCCCCGUGACUGCGAGGCAAGAUCGGAGUUACCUGCACGGCGUCUUCCUGGACCCUACCCGCAAGUUCUUGCUCAUGACUGAUCUGGGUCAGGAUAGAAUUAGAGUGUUUCGCUACAACCAGCAAAACAUUGCGCCGCUAGUGGAAUUGGAUCCCUUGGUCACACCGUUGGGAUGUGGACCCAGGAAGGCGGUGUUCUGGACUGCGCCGGAGACAGGGAACUUGUUUCUGUUCGUUAACGGCGAGUUGGAUCAGAGAGUGUAUUCAUAUCAGGUCGAGUACAAAAAGGACGGGCUGGAAUGGAGGCUUGUGGAUGAUGUUGUAUCCAUCAGUGAGUACCUACCGGUGACGACGGCGCCGACGAGUGAGAUUGCUAUCACGCCCGAUGGUCGCUUCGUGAUUGUAUCAAACCGCGACGUUUCUUUCCUUGGUUCGCCUAUCCACAGAACCCGAUCCAGCGAUACUCUGUCCGUCUUUUCUAUCAACGCAAAUGGAACAUUGACGCUGGUGCAGCACGCACCGUCUGGAGGCUACUCGCCUCGCCAACUAAUGAUCAACACGGAUGGUGACAAGAUUGCGGUUGGUCACCAGAACAACAAUACUGUUGUUAUCUGGAAACGCGAUGUCGAGACGGGCAAGAUUGUGGGGGAAGAGGAUGGAGGAAUGUUGGGUGUUGUGACGCUUUCCGGGCCCGUUGUCUUUACCCAGUGGGAUCCUUAG